GCAUCUAGUCGUUUGUGCUGCAGAUAUGUCCGAGAUGACGUGUGCAUUGAUGUUGCUGGCUGUGGUGGCGGCAUCUCUAGACAGUUCCUUGAGUUCUAGCGAGGUCCAUUUCUCCCAGUCAGUGUACACUGUCACAGUGAACGAGACGGCUCCCCCAGACCACCCCAGACCCCAAUCUGGCUUUCUCACCCUCACCUGCACCCCUAACUCCAGUUACACCAUCCACUACCCAACCUCUGACCUACCAUUUGAAAUAGACCCUGAUACUGGAGAGCUCAAUGCCACAGCCGACAUUGACUAUGACUCGAUGGAAGAGGGUUUUGAACUCUUUACAUUCAAUGUCUCCUGUAUUAAUGCUUUCAGCAAUGCCUCAGCUUUAGCUCUUGUCCAGGUGUAUGUAGCGCCAGUCAAUGAGUUUCUUCCUCAAAUAGACCCCUCUUUGGUACUGAACAUCACUGAGGCCACACCCAGUGGUUCUCUCCUCCUCUCCUCCCUCCCCGGUGCCAAGCACAGGCUCCUGGUCCAGGACAGAGACCGAGGGCCUCACGGACAGCUCAACUUCACUCUCCUCACAUCUCUCGGUGACCACUUCUCCUUCAACCCCAUACACGGCAACCUGACCCUCGUCAGAGCUAUAGACUUUGAGUCAGAGCCGAGCAUGUUCACCUACGUCUACCACGAGCUGCCUGUCAAGAUCAGAGUCUGCGACAGAGACACUGACAUUGAGGCCUGCCCCAUCAUCCACUUCCCUCUCUUCAUAAUAGCCAGUGACGACAAUGAGCCUACCUUCCUCAAUGCCUCUUACAGUGCCACAGUCAAUGAAUCUAUAGCUGUCGGCUCUUCUCUACUGACUCUUGAGUGUUCUGAUGCUGACGUCUACAUCGGAGUGGUGAGGAGGAUCACAUUCCUUGACCCACCACCAGAUGUAGAACAGACAUUCUCUCUCCAGAGGCCAGGCGGUCCUGAAAGUGUUGAGGUAGUUCUGGCAACCGAGCUUGACUUUGACCAGCGCAACCAGACCUACCAGUUUCAGAUGGUCUGUGAGGACUUCCUCCACACAGCCACUGCCACUGUUACCAUUCACAUUCUGGACGUGAAUGACAAUGCCCCAAAAUUCUCGAAUCCUCUCCAUGAGACGGUAGUAGUGCCAGACACCAUUGCAUCUGGUGCAGUCCACUCUGUGAGGUGCACAGACCAAGACUCUGGGGAAAACAGUGAUAUAGUCUACGAGAUACUCCCUCAACACAGUCUGUUUGCAGUGGACCAAACAGGCAGGGUCCUGGUCAACAUUCCUCUCCUGCUGCCAGACUUCACUCUCUCUCAGUCCCACAACCUCUCCAUCCAGUGCAGGGACAAGGGAUCACCUUCUCUCUCCUCAAACAAGACCCUCACCCUCACGAUCUCCAAGACUGAUUCCCAGCCUCCCCAGAUCAACAUCUCCCACACUUCUGUCUCCGUUCUUGAAAACUCUUCCACGGGCAUGCCUGUGCUCACCUUCUCAGUGUAUGACGUUGACUCUGAAGCUGUAAUAAUCGCGAUAGCUAGCCAAAGCCUACCAGGAACAUUUGUAGUCUCCCCCUCUGCUCCCUACAACCACCCAAACUACCCAGUGCUGAUAGUGAAUGGGUCACUGGACAGAGAAGAUAGAGCCACACAUCUCAUCCACCUUGUGGCUAUCUCCGUUUCCACCACUGCACAGCCACAGAACACCUCGUUCUCUCUCAAUAUCAGUGUCGAAGACAUCAACGACAAUGUUCCCAAGUGCCGAGAAGAAAGCACCGUGAGUUUAAGUGGUGGCGAAUUCCGCUCUACAACUAUUCUGAGUCUCUCUUGCUCUGAUGCUGAUGUGGGUCUCAACCAAAGGCUCGCGUAUUCCCUGACCAACACAGCUCCUCCUCUCUCCAAUGGUCAGUUCACAAUUGACCAGAUCUCAGGGGAGCUGCGAUUGGAAGGAGUGGUAGACAAGGGAGAGUAUUGUCUCACUGUCAGGGUCUCAGACAUGGGAACUCCUCCUAUGACCACUGACGUUGGGAUUCAAGUGAAAGUUGUGGAGGUUGAGAAAGGAGAGGUGGCAAGUAAUGAGUCUGGGUUGCCUUUGAUGCUUAUCAUAAUCAUAGUAGUAGUUGGCAUUGUCGUCUUGGUAAGUAUGGUUGGUGGGUGUGGUCUUUGCUGCUGUUGCUGGUACAUAUCUCGAAAAAGAAAGAAUAAGGAUUACUUCGUCAGUGGCUCAAUCGGACUUGAUGGAAUGACUGUUAUUGCAGCCCCAACUGCCGUCCAAGGCACUGGAUCCAUAGUUAGCCACAGACUGGUGCCUCUCAUGGAGGAUGUGAGCACAAUUGGGAACGAUGAAGUGACUGUGACCUUCAACCAAGCAACUGAGGUAAUGUCUACGGCUUACUUUUGUGAAGACUAACAAUCCAUUAUCUCUCUCUCUGUCUCAGACAUCAGACUUCCCAGGCCAACGUCUGUCAGAGCUCUGAAUGAGCAGUGGUCACUUGCUUACUCCAACCUUGGCAGAAACAGCUUCAGCAGCACUAAAGAGGACUUGGCUCUGGAGAUGGAGGAGGAUGUGACAGUCUCCAGCAGUCCUCUCAGUAGCCAGACUCCACCUGAGACUAGACUCUAGUAGUAUCUUCACCCUCUGAUCCCAUCAUUCACCACUACUCACACUUGCUGUAGAAUUCUCAUGAAACUGCAUUUCCUUUAUACAGACAGUGAUUGUGUCACACAUCGCUGUGAUUCAUGUCUCAUAAGCCUU